UAAUCUUUCUGCAGUUUUGUGGUGCUUUUUAGACGUUCGACAUGUCCGCAAAGGAGAAUCGCGGUGGCGGUCAAACAUGUUGCGUGCCCGGCUGUAGCAACAACACAAGAAAGGACAAAAACAUAUCAUUCCACGGAUUCCCCAAGGACAACAUGCUGAAGCAAGAAUGGGUGCGCAGGAUAAAUCGGCAAGGCUCGGAAGGACGAUUUACCUUGUGGAAGCCUUCAAAGCACCACAAAAUAUGUGGUGCGCAUUUCAACACAAGCGGGCGCAAGGGAUACAUGGAUCGUCUCCCCACGAUCUUUCCACACCGAGUGUAUGCAGAACGGACACCUGCUGUGGUUACGGGCGCUGGGAAACGACGCCGUAUAAAGCGCGUCGUGGCGAUGUCGCAGGAAGCCUAUAUCCAGGACGAACUCUGCAUCUGCGGCACGGUUGAAGUGGAAUCUCAGCAACACAACCUCUCAGCUACUUCACCUGUGCUUCUUCCAGCUGCUUCUCCAUCAAGCAUGCAUCCCCAGCUACCAGCAGACUACGACCAUAUGUAUUCCAUGGGACCAGCAUCAGAGGCAGCACAUCGUUACCAAGCAAGGGCUGCAGAGCUUGUAACUAGGUGUCAACAACUACAGCAAGAGAAUGAAAAGCUGAGACAGAAUACCAGUUUCCUUGAAGAAGAAGUAGCUAAACUGCGUUCUUUGCUGCACAAGGAAAAGACUGGGAGGGCUAGAGAUAAGCAGACAACUAAGCAAAGUUCUCAUAUUGAAGACUUAGUCAAGGAUGACAAGCAGGUUAGGUUUUACACUGGCUUCUCCUCACUGAAGCGCUUUGAAUGCUUCGUUGCAUUUAUCUGUUCCAAGCACAGAACAACGAACUCGCCAGCUGGCCGACGACCUAUGCUUAGUGUGAGGGAACAGCGGAUUAUCUGCUUGUGCAGGUUAAGAGUCGGCCUCCUAGAGCAGGAUAUAGCAUUCCGUUUUGCCAUAAGCACAUCAUUGGUAAGCGGCAUAUUCUCUUACUGGGUAGAUUUCCUGAGUGAUGUGCUAGUUCAGAUCCCAGUGUGGCCAUCACGUGAAACUGUGUCUUCGUACAUGCUGCAGUCUUUCAGGGCUCUCUAUCCUUCAACUCGUGUGAUACUGGACUGUACAGAACUUUUUAUUGAGACCCCAUCUGAUUACACUGUGCAGGGAUAUCAGACAAAGAGAUUACAAGGAAAAGUGGCUUAUAUGAUCUCCUUGAACCCGGAGAUAGCGUGA